AUGGCUACCAACGUUAUCAACCCCCAGGCGACUCCAAUCGCUACACCCCCUCCUGGCCCAGCUGAAGCCCCACCAAUCUCUUUCUUGAGCUCGAGUUCCACAACUGCAUCAGUCAAUCUUGAAGCCAAAGCACCGUUUUCGGCUAUCCAGACCCUCUUUGAUCAUCUGCACACCCAUCCUGAUGAUGUGGCUAAGCUCAAUGCAACCUACCCUCACCGGGGCGUCAUCAAGACUGCGGCUCUACACAAAACUGAGUCAGAUCAGAAGUUCACUAUUGAUCUCUCGCCGAUGCGAAACUCCCGGAUUCCUGAAUCUCUGCGUGAGUCUUUGGAUCCUCACGGCUUAGGCAAGAUUCUCGACUUCUUCAACUCCAUCAGUGCUCAGUAUGUACCCGCCAUACUGUCUUCUCUGAACAUCCUCGCCGGUACCGAUCUGUCUGUUGCACACACCUCAUACAAUAUGAACUAUCGCCUAUGUGACUACAAUCCUAACACGGCUGCUCCCGAAUCGUUCAAUGGAUGCGGAGCCCACACGGAUUAUGGUACAUUCUCGAUCAUCUUCCAGGAUGGUACGCCCGGCCUGGAGCUUGAAGAAACCCCCGGCACGUGGGUUCCUGUCCCCGGGGAUGCUACUGUUGUCCUAACUGGUUGGUGUGCGGUUAUCUUGAGUGGUGGUCGGAUUUCCGCCGCCAGACAUCGUGUUCGCCGUGCCCCGGGCGUUCGUCGGUUGAGCGCUGUGUUGUUCGUCGCCCCUGAUCUUGACGUGAAAUUGAAGCCUCUAGGUGAUUCUCAGCCAAUUCGAUCUUUCUCCAACGCCAUCAUGCGUGGAAACAUGGAUGUUGAGACCUUCAAGAAUGUUAUGGGGAAGAGAUGGCGAUACCGGGAGGGAAAUGAAGAGAUGGGCAGUGCCGACUCCCUCUCCCAGGAUAACGAGAUUGACAACAUGGUAUGGGGCUAA